AGCUGUGACGUCGCCUGGGUGACAAUUUGCCUACUUGGAGUGGGGAUGAGUUUGGAGCGGGUUCUGUGAAAUGCCUUACCAUGAUGUUGCCUGAAUGAUAACGCAAUCGGCUGAGUGAGGACGUAACAGGCCGCUAAGACUUAUAGACACACUGAAGGAAAAGCAGGUGGGAUAGAACACACCUCAUGCGUGGGCUCAGAGAGGGUCCGAGGCUGUACGGAUCAUCUGACUAAGAUGGGUGUUCUCCAGCUCCACAACCCCACCCUCCCCGCCACGCUCCUGCACAGGGCCAAUCAUAUGCGUCUGUCGGGAACGCUGUGUGACGUCAUCAUCACGGUGGAUGGCCAGGAGUUCCCGGCCCACCGCACCGUCCUGGCCUGCACCAGCAAGAUGUUUGAGAUCUUGUUCCACCGCAGCAGCCUGCGCUACGCCCUCGACUUCCUCUCCCCCAAGACCUUCCAGCAGAUUCUGGAGUACGCCUACACGGCCUCCCUGCAGGCCACGGCCGAGGACCUGGAUGACCUGCUGUACGCCGCUGAGAUCCUGGAGAUCGAGUACCUGGAGGAGCAGUGCCUCAAAGUCCUGGAGACCAUCCAGUCAGAGGAGAAGCAGGACCACCUGAGUCUGAGUGGGAGGAACCACGGGUCUGGAGAGAGCGAACAUGGCAGGGCAAGGCACUGGAGGAACAUGCUAAUCUCCAAGAAGCAUUCCAUGCAGGAGGGUGGUAUCAACCCCACCGCCCUGCACCACCUGGCACUGUACCACAUGACUGACAGGAGUCCCUCUAUGCCAGGGGGACUACCUAUGGGGCUCCCUGUAGCUAGUCCCACACAAGUUGGAGGGCUUAGUCUGGAGGGCCUGGGUCAGUCUCCACUACAGUACAGCCUCAAUGGAGCACAGCACCCCUCCCUGCCUCUGACUAAGAGGAUAAAGACAGAGGACAAUAACAUGCAGGUGGAUGAAGUCAAUAGCUACGAGGGCCGGUCCUCCAGCGGAGGGGAGGGAGGCUUUGAAUCGGACCAGCCCAGAGAUGAGGGCCCGGGGACCCCCCAAAGAGGCAGUGUCAUCACCUCGGCUAGAGAGCAGCACUCGGGCCAAGAGGAGGGGGGCAUAGUGGGGAACAACUCUCCUCUGGACAGUUAUCCUGUGCUGGCUGAGAAACACCUGGCCUCCCUCUACUCAUCCAUGCCCUCCAAUCACAUAGGGGAGGUGGGGUUGCCUAUGCCCAUGUCGGUGGCCCCUUCCCUAGCCAUGUCCCUGGACCUGAGGGCCUACGGGGGACUGCUGCCCCAGGGCCUGCUCCACAGGGAGAUCCUCAGCAGGCUGGGCCAGUUUGCAGCAGGGAUGAGGCGGGAGGGCCAGAGUCAGAGUCAGAGCUGUGGGGACUGUGGUCUCCAGCUGCAUAACAGAGAGGCCAUGGAGCAACACAGGAAGCUGCACAGUGGAGGCGAGAAGGGACACGGCUGUGAGUUCUGUGGCAAACGCUUCAUAGACAGUGUACGGCUCAGGAUGCACAUGCUCUCUCACUCAGCUGGAGCUGAGGCCCUGGUGUGUGAUCAGUGUGGAGCUACAUUCUCUGCUGAAGACGCUCUGGAGGCCCACAGACAGACACACACAGGGACAGACAUGGCAGUGUUCUGUCUGCUGUGUGCCAAGCGGUUCCAGACCCAGAAGGCUCUGCAGCAGCACAUGGAGGUCCAUGCAGGGAUGCACAGCUACGUCUGCAGCCACUGUGACCACACCUUCCCCAGCCACACCACCCUCAAACGCCACCUGCGCUCACACACAGGUGACCACCCGUUUGAGUGUGAGUUCUGUGGGAGCUGUUUCCGGGACGAUGGCAUGUUGAGGGGACACAAACGCAUCCACACGGGAGAGAAGCCUUACGAGUGUAACGGCUGUGGCAAAAGGUUCAGCCUCAAGCACCAGCUGGAGACCCACUACCGCGUACACACAGGUGAGAAGCCAUUUGAGUGCAAGAUCUGUCACCAGCGAUCCAGGGACUACUCUGCCAUGAUCAAGCACCUGCGCACCCACAAUGGAGCGUCGCCCUACCAGUGUACCAUCUGCCAGGACUUCUGCCCCAGCCUGGCAGCCAUGCAGAAACACAUGAAGAGCCACAGACCCGAGGAUGUGCCCCUGGACUGGAGGAUAGAGAAGACCUACCUGUACGUAUGCUACGUCUGAGUAGGACUUAGACACUAAGACACACUAUCCUAUGUGUGGGCAGGUUUUUCAUCUUAUUAUUUCCUCUAAAGAAAAGUAAGUUGAUCAUUUCUGUGGUUUGAUUGCUUUUAUCACGAAUUGCCACAAUGAUCUGUCAUUACAUUAAACCUCCAUAUGUUUUGAAGGCUGAAAGACUACUGGUCAGGUUACCACAGCAGUGAAAGUGUUAUCUGUUAUUACAUUAAACCUCCAUAUGUUUUGAAGGCUGAAAGACUACUGGUCAGGUUACCACAGCAGUGAAAGUGUUAUCUGUUAUUACAUUAAACCUGCGUAUGUGUUGAAGACUGAAAGACUACUGGUCAGGUUACCACAGCAGUGAAAGUGUUAUCUGUUAUUACAUUAAACCUGCGUAUGUGUUGAAGGCUGAAAGACUACUGGUCAGGUUACCACAGCAGUGAAAGUGUUGCACUAGAAGGGAUAUUGAGUUCUAUCUGCUGUGACUCUGAUUGUGAGACGUAGAACUUCUCUGGUCGAAUUGCAGUACUAUUGCAACCCUUACUACGCAGAUUGGUUGAGACAAACAAACAUUUCCUGGGUUAUUAUUUCCUGUCACAUUUCCUGUUAUUGAUUUUUUGGGGUGUUUGUUUUUUGCAUGUUUUACUUGAAUGGUCUCCAUAAGCUUGAUUUAAUUUGUGUCUUAUUUUUCCAGUGCGCAUAUUAAGCAUAUAAUUUCCCCUACCUGUCAGUUAGUCUAUCUGCUCAUGCUGAUUGACAAGCAUUAAGGUGUAACAGGUUUUGCUAUUUAUGUCAUGCAUCGAUUUUGUUACCAAAUAGGUGUUGGUUAUUUUUACCCAACCUCAAGGCCGUUUAUUUUGAUAUUAGAAUAAGCGCUACCUCUUCGAUCUUCAACUUUUGCACAGAGGCAAUAGCACAUCUUAGAACUGGUGUUUUUCAUUGUGUUUUCGUCCAUCGUCUGUAGCUUUACCUUCAAAUGUCCUUUUUAUAUUGGUGAAGCGGCUUGAAAUGUUCUGAGAAUUCAUCAAUGGAAUUGAUUUGGACGGUUGCCUGUUGGGUGGAAAAAAAGAUUUGAAAGCCUUCAAAGUGACUUUUGUGUGAAUCAUUUUUUUUAUCAGUAGAAUUAUAGCAGUCUGUUAAACCACAGAAUGAAAACAUUUUCUAAGUGAAAAGAAAGAACAUGUGAGUAAAAGUGUUGUCUUUUUACUAAACGUGAAAGGUUGAAUCACUAAAAGCAGGUUAUGGUCAGUUGUGAUGUCUGUUGCUGUAGAUGUGAUUGUAUCUUAUUCCUAGACGAGAGCCAAAAGAGGGCUUCUCUGAUUUUAAAAUGGUGUAUUUUUGUAUUACAGUGAUCUGCAAUUUGUUUACAUUUGUUUUGAUUUCAGAAACAUCUUUUCUUGUGUGUUUUGUAAGUCUCUGGAGUCUGAUUUGAGUAAGAGCCCUCCCUGUGCCUCUUUUAUAAAUGGAGAAUAGAUGUGCUGAAUACAUGAAUACAGUAUAUGUUUGUUGUGUUGACCUUUGUGGUUCCUGGGUGUUUGUUUAUUGUUGGUGAAGAACUGAUUUUCACUGCCAUGCCAUAGUAGACCCUAUUGUCUAAACAUUGUCAUUUGAAACAAGAUACUUGUUCUAAUGACUAUGGUAUUAUGCCCCAGGCACCUCAAGCCUCAAAGCAAAGUUUACGAGUGAGAUUUUCUUUCAAAAUGUUCUGUCUUGUCGAAUGGGGAUAAAAUGCACAGAAGACACAGAAUACAUAGUGGUAUUGUUAAUAACCUUUAUAAAGCUACAAGUUCAGCAUAUAUGGGUCAAUGUAACACUAUGGCCUUCUAGAACAAAAAGCCAACACUCAAUGCCAUGUAAACAAUUAAAAGCACCGACUCAUCCUCACUGUACUACUGUUCUAUUCUACAUACACAUGCACUAUAAGGAUCUUAGGAUUUCCGUGGUGGACCAAAACUAACAAAGCUCUUUCAAAAAAGUAUUUUCUUUGAUCGUUCUAUGUUGUAACAAAGCAGAAGUAGUUUUAUUUGGUAUGUGUACUAGCAGGAUGUGAUGAUCAUCAUGUAGGUAGAUAUUAUGUAAAUGUUUGUCUACCUCAGCACCAGUUCAGUCAGUGCUUGUCCUGGUGUCCAAUCAGGGUUGUUCUCCUUGCCAUGUGUGUUAAAUCCCUUUGCAUUACAGCUUUGUAACACUGUGUGUGCAAGUGUUUUCUCAGUGUGGAUUCAGACACAGCUCUUUUUACGCAUCAGUGUUCUGUGGCAUGAUGAAAAAAUAAUAAAAUAGAAACUAUUUUACAGUG